GCUCUGAGAUGAUACACUUGAUGGAGCUUCCAAAUCCUGACCCGUUGACCGAACGCCCAGAACACGGUGGUCGAGAUCGUCAUGCUUGCAUAGCCAUUCGUGACGUGUCGAAACUAAAAGGCAUCCUCGAUAAAGCUGGCAUUCCGUACACCCUCAGUCGCUCGGGUAGGCCGGCAAUCUUUACUCGAGAUCCUGAUGCCAAUGCACUUGAAUUUACGCAGGUAGAUUAA